AUGGAUGGAGUGUCUCAUUGGUUAGGUGAAAGUAGAAAACAUCCAAGUUUGGUGUCAUUUGACUUCAGCAGUGAAUCUUGCAUUAUAACACCCAUACCCUCUUACAUAGAUGAUGAUAGUGUUGAGGGAAAAACACACUUGGUGAUAUGGAAUGGGUCUAUUGCUUUCAUCUUAGCUUAUCAGGAGGGAUCUAUAUUUCACAUUUCAGUUUUAGGGGAAUUUGGAAUAAAAGAAUCAUGGACUAAACUCUUCAUUAUCGGGCCCUUACCUUAUGAUCUUGGAUAUCCUAUCGGAGGUGGGGAGAAAGGCAAGAUGUUGUUUAGAAGAAAAAACGAUAAACUAGCCUUGUUUGAUUUAAGUACCAGAAUGUUUGAUAAGAUCGGUACUAAGACAGAGAAAUUUGGUGGUAACAUACUAUCCCAUAAAGAAAGCAUUCUAGCAAUUGGAGGGAAUAUAUGA